UAUAAGAAUGGUUUUGCAGUGGGCAUUCAGGGUUCGGCGUAUGUAACAAUUUCUUAGAACUUCCAAUAACUAGUGGUGAUAUUUCGUUAUGUUAAUGCCUUGUUAACAUGGUAUGGCUCCAGCAGACAUCCCCGACUGCUCCAAUUAAAAAUUUAAGGAAGAAACUGGACAUUUAAGACCAACUCGUUGCAGUUUUGCAACAUCGCAGCAAGCCAUGACAGAAAUGCAAUACAUUGAUACAGAGUUGCCAUCUAAGGCUGUGGACAACACAACUUCUUUGAUGAUUGAAAAUGAAUACGCAGAGAUCGGCAACUAUAUAACAGACAAUGAAAACAACAUAAUCAAAGAGGUGUUGAGAUACCCAAAAAAAAGAUGUCCGAUUAUGUUGAAAGUGAUUGCAGGAAUCAUGGGUUUUAUUUUGGUGGUUGGUACUACUAUUGGAGUAGUUCUCACUGUAAGCAGAGAUUCAAGUGAUGUCACACUUAGGGUUCCACCUGAAAAUGAAACAUUGACACCUAAAACUGGGACACCUAAAACAUUGGCACUACUAGCUGAAAACACAACAAAAUCAACUGUCAUUAAAUCUACCACCUCAUUCUCUCCAGCUUGGAACAAACCUCUUGAAAGUAAACAUCUUGGUAUCCCACAAAAGACACCGACUUUCCAAGAGGCCAUCAUUGUAUCAUCACGACCAUCAGGUUCUGUUGCGCCAGCUGCAAAUUCCAUUCUACCAGCAAUGUCCUCAACUUCUCCUGCAACCUGCAACUGUGACAGUUAUGAGAGUUUGAGACGCGAUGUCAUAAAAAUAAUUGCUUCCAAUGCUGAAUCCUGUGAAUACAUCCGGAUAAGGUUAAACCAAAAGUACAAGGAACCAUGGCAAUGCUUUAGUGGUACAUCUGAAGAAUUUGGUUACUCUAUCACUUAUGACAAUAACCAUUUUGUCAGGUACCAGAUGGGUGCCUUGGAGUAUAUUGUUUUCCGGACAAGAUACAUAAGAAGGUCACAGACGGAUAGAAAUGCCACGUCUGCCUCAACACCAUGUUGUAUUGGUACAGGUAGGACAUUUCAUUGUAUGUUUUUAAGUACAUACACGUACAUGUAUUGCUACAACAUCUAUAUGGUUCAGCUAACAUAG